AUGGGCAAGAAGAAGACUGUGACACCAUCGACUGAGCCAAACACUAAUACUACAAAAAAGGGAAAUGGACUGAAAAAGAGCGAUACACUGGAUCCAAUUCCAGCUACCAAAAACAAAAAGGGGAAACGCGACCAAACACCAGAACCAACUGUGGAUGCACUGAAACCUCAAAGAGGUUUAGCGAUUGGAGACAAUUUUGGAUGGACAGGUAAACUCCCCGCCACCUUGCUUUAUGAACAUUGCCAAAAGAACAAGUGGGGCAAGCCGAUCUUUGAUAUGCGCAAAUCUAGUAAAGGUUUCACAGGUGUGGUAAAGUUGAGCUGGGAGUCUCCUAAACGUGAGAUGGUGGAGUUAGUAAUGAUUCCUGACUCUGAAACAUACUCUCCCAAGGCAACGACAAACGAAGCUAGGCAUUAUGCUGCUACUUACGUGUUGUAUCGCAUAAACUACAUGAAAAAUAUGAAACUUAUGUUGCCAGUCAUAUUUCGAGACUACUGGAGUGAGUUAGAAAAGUCGAGAUUGGCUUUGGCCAAGGAAAAUAAGCGAGCUCAUGAUGAAAAGUACAACCCUCAUCCAUUCCAAGUCAAGCUAGACCAAGACGAUCGCCGCAAGAAGGAGGCCAAAGAGCGCGAGGCCCGCAAGCAAAGCGAAGCGAAAACAAAGAAGCCCGUUGUAUCAUUGGGAUCUACAGCUUCAAGUCAUCAUCCGGCUGCUUUGGAAAAAACUAGAAGAACGUUUCCUCGAUCAGUGUGGGAAAGGGCACCUUUUAUCGAUUUUCCUCCAGAUAUUCGUUCCAAGAUUGAGCGUCAAAUCACGAAACAUCUUAAAUGGAACUCCUCGAAGAAAGUUUCUUCUUCCAAUGAUCGUGCAAGUUUAGUGUCGUUUGGAUUUCGUCCGCAACAUGUUGAUGAAGCAUUUGAACAUACAGGUAAUUAUAAUGAUGCUUUAGAAUGGCUCUUAUUCCAUAUCCCUGAGGAUGAUUUACCACCUCUUUUCUCUAAACAGGAGAAGGAUCUGGGGGCUCAAUUCAAAAUUUCUCGAGAUAUCAAGCAAGAGUAUAUGAUGCAAAGAAUGCUACAACUGGGUUUCGAUUACGACGACAUUGUUGACAGUUUGGCCAAACAUGAAAAUGAUGAAGUUGAGACUGCAGUAUUUUUGACAAAUCGCUUGUUGCGUUUCGCGAACGUUGAGUCGGUUGAUGAUACAGAGUUCAAAGAAGACUCACAGUUACUUUGGGAGCAGGAAGUAGAGGGACUCGAGCUCAUGGGUGAUCAUAAGGGAUCCUACCUUAACGAUCGUAAAACUAUUGUGGACAUUCCUUUGUCCCCUCCGACACUCAAGGGAAUGCUUAAACUUCGGGUGUUUCGGGGUUCACAGUAUCCUGACCAAUUUCCAGGUAUUCAUUUGGUGGUAACUGAAACAUCUUAUAAGCUUGCUAACUAUAUCAAGCUCCUGAUCAUUAGGAAGUUGGGUGAAUAUUUACAACCAAUGUUGGGGGGGCCAAUGCUAUUCACAAUGAUCGAAUGGCUUGAAGAGAAUGUCGCGCAGAUCAUUGCGAAUCCAGGUAAUUUGGUUACACUGCCUAUCAAUAUAAAGAACUCAGUGAAGGCGAGCAACCAGAAGCCCACGAAGAACUCUGGGAAGCGGCUCGUUCUCACUGAUGACGAUUUUUCGGCGAUCAAACAAGACUACACUCGUCGAAUGAGUGAUGAACAGACAAGGAAGAUGGUAGAAGGGCGCAAGAGCCUUCCUGCUUGGGGAAAGAGAGAUCAAUUAAUUGACAUUAUAAGUCUGAAUCAAGUCACUCUCGUCACAGGUGAGACCGGUUCAGGUAAAUCGACCCAAAUUGUUCAGUUCAUUCUUGAUUAUCUUAAUUCUCAGAGUAAUUAUCUGUCCAAAAUAUUAUGUACUCAACCGAGGCGAAUUUCAGCUAUUGGAUUGGCCGAGCGUAUUAGUGAGGAAAGAGGUGCCAGAGUUGGUCAGGAAACUGGUUAUAUCAUCAAGGGCGAAAACAAGACCUCGCCCAGAACCAGGAUACUGUUUGUGACAACUGGUGUUCUAUUGCGAAUGUUGCAACUGGAACUCAGUCUGAAUGGGAAUCUAUUCAAGUAUUUGCACUAUAUUUUCGUCGAUGAAGUUCAUGAGCGACUGGUUGAUCUGGAUUUGUUGUUGAUCAUUCUCAAGCAGAUUUUGCCAAAAUAUCCGAAUCUUAAAGUCGUCUUAAUGAGUGCAACCAUAGAUACCACAAAGUUUAUACAGUUUUUCGACACCACUGUGAAUCACAUCCACAUUGAGGGGCGUACUUUCCCGAUUGCCGAUGUGUAUCUUGACGAAUUGCUUGAGAAAACGAAUUUCACCAUUGAGCGUAAUGGUGAGUUGAUAGUGCCGAAAUCGGAUUCUGAGUUCUUCCAAAGAGGUACCAUCAACUAUAGCUUAGUUGCGCAAGUGUGCAAAAUGGUGGAUGCAGAUUUGACAGUCGCAGCAAGUCAAGGGAGUAUUCUUGUGUUCAUGCCAGGUAUAAUGGAAAUUUCAAAGUUAAUAAGAGAGCUUGAGAAUGUUCUUAACGGAUCAAUCAUGGCUGUUCCCCUUCACUCGGCGUUAUCCAGCCAAGACCAAAAACAAGUAUUCAAAAGACCUCCCAAAGGCUCACGAAAGAUAGUCGUUUCUACUAACAUUGCCGAAACAUCUAUUACGAUUCCUGAUUGUGUUGCAGUUGUUGAUUGUGGGCGCUCGAAGCUGAUGUUUUUUGAUUCAAAACUCAAUACAACGAGGCUUGUCGAAAAUUGGUGCUCACAAGCUGAGGUAAAGCAACGCCGUGGGCGUUCUGGACGUAUCACGAGUGGUACCUGUUAUCAUAUUUACACGCGAGAGACCUUUGAGAAGAUGUCUCUGCAACCUGUCCCCGAGAUAAUGCGUACCCGUCUUGAAAAUCUUUUCCUCGUAGUGAAGGCGAUGGGGAUAACUGAUGUCGCAAGAUUUCUUUCAAGCGGAUUAGACGUCCCUGAUGCUUCAAACAUGCUAAAGGCUUCACAACAUUUACAGGACAUUGGAGCCAUUGAUGAAUCCGGCCUAUUGACUCACUUAGGACUGCAUUUAUCAUAUUUACCCACUGACAUUGGUAGUGGUAAAAUUUUGAUAUUAGGUUGCAUAUUUGGAUGUCUUGAACCUUGUCUUGUGCUCGCAGCUAGCGCUUCGACGGGGUCGCCUUUCCUCAACUUGCAAGAUGAACGUGAUGAAAUCAAGAGAAUUCAAAAAAAAUGGGCAGACGAUCAAGGGGAUAUGGUAGCGAUAUGCAAUGUGGUUCAAGCUUAUGAAGAAGAUCAUUCGAAAGGGUUUUUGGCGUUGAAUAAACUAAAAUACUUGACAAUGCAAGAAAUCUUGCUGACGAAACGCCAAUACCUUUCUUUACUCCAGGAAAUUGGAUUUGUGCCAAUGAACUAUAACUCGAACAAGGGCUAUUUAAACAGAAACCUGACCAAUUAUCAACUAUUGCGAAGUGUCAUCGCUGGGGCAUUCUAUCCUCAGAUUGCUCGAGUAGAGUUGCCAAGUCCCAAAUACUUCAAGCUGAGCCUGGGCUCGGUAGCAGUUGACCCUGACGCCAAAAAGAUAAAGUUGUUUGUCAAGAAUGACGAUUAUAAUCAAGCCGAUUUGGAGUCGACAAAUCUUCCGGCUAAUCGUGUAUUCAUACACCCAAGUUCUGUUUUCUUUGGAUCAAAUGAUGUUCCACAAGGUAUAGAUAUGGAGCAAAUUCUCACUGAGGAUGGCGAAGUGGAUAUGGCAAAAGCUCGUGAGCUUUUCGAUCUUACUCCAAAGUCAGCAUCUUCAAGUUCGAACUUAUUCAAGAACUCAUUCAUGCUGUUUCGCUCUAGUCAUCAUACUACGAAAUUAUACUUGCGUGAUUUGACACCAACCCUGACUUUUGGUGCUCUCAUGUUUGGCGGUACGAUUGACUAUGAGGUAAGCGGGAAGACAUCCCCGGGAAUCGUGUUGGAUCUGUGGCUUCCCAUCAGAACUUGGUGCAAGAACGCAGUUUUGAUCAAGAAGUUACGAAUGUUGUUAGAUGAAGCAUUGGAUGAGCAACUUGGAAACCCAACUCACGAAGUCAGCGAAGUCUUGCAGAUUAUUGAACGCUUGUUGCUGAAUCAUUAUUAG